CUGGGCCUGGACUUCAGUGAGAUCCAGGGGAACGUCAGGGUGGCCGAGGUGGACUGUACCCCCGUCCCCGAGGGAUACAUCCCCGCAGAACAGAUAGUGUGUGAGAUGGCGGUGGCAACGCCGAGCCAGUUCGCCAACUACGUGGAGGUGUGUGUGGGGGGUGUGGGGGUCAGAGAGUGUCCAAAAGAGUUCAGGGCCGUAUACUCCAAGUACUACUACUUCGUGGUCACCAGACUGAUCAGCCUGAAGCCCAGCCGAGGGCCCGUUUCCGGGGGAACCAUCGUCAACAUCACCGGUAGCAACCUGGACGCCGGGAGCAACGUGUCCAUCAUGUUCAAGGACCAGAAGUGCACCUAUCACAGGAGGGGCGGCCAGUGGAUCACGUGUCGCUCCCACGCCUCGCUGCAAGGAUAUGGAAACGUCAGUGUGUCAGUGACGGUGGACAAGGCCCGCAUACAGAAAGACUUGAAGUUUGAGUACGUGGAGGACCCCACUAUCAUCAAGCUGGAACCUGAGUGGAGCAUCUUCAGUGGGCACACACCUGUGACCGUGACCGGCACCAACCUGGACAUCAUACAGAGCCCCCUCAUCAGAGCCAAGUACAACGGUCGAGAGACGGUCAAUAUAUGCCAGGUGUUCAGCCCCACGUCCAUGCUGUGCCAGGCCCCAGAGCUGCCCAUCAGCCUGGGCAGGCAGAGGGAGGUGCCAGCGCGGCCCGAUGAGUUUGGCUUCAUCCUGGAUGACGUGCAGGCAGUGCUGGCCCUCAACAACACGCCGUUCAUCUACUACCCCAACCCCGAGUUCGAACCCCUCCAUGUGUCUGGGGUGCUGGAGCUCAAGCCUGGCUCCCCCAUCAUACUGAAGGGGCGGAACUUCCUCCCUCCCACCAAUACCAACGGUAAUAACGGCAAGCUGAACUACACGGUUCUGAUUGGUGAUAAACCUUGUCUGUUGACCGUGUCAGACAACCAGCUGCUGUGUGAGUCGCCCAACCUGACAGGGCGACACAAAGUCUUGGCCCGUGUGGGCGGCAUCGAGUUCUCCCCGGGCGUGGUCCACAUCACGUCAGACAGUCCGCUGAGCAGCACGGCCAUCAUCAGCAUCGCCGGCGCCGGUGCCCUGCUCAUCCUCUUCAUUGUGAUAGUGCUCAUUGCAUAUAAACGCAAGUCACGCGAGAGCGACCUCACCCUGAAGAGGCUGCAGAUGCAGAUGGACAACCUAGAGUCUCGUGUGGCCCUGGAGUGUAAAGAGGCCUUUGCCGAGCUGCAGACAGACAUACAUGAGUUGACCAGUGACCUGGACGGAGUGGGCAUCCCCUUCCUGGACUACAGGGCCUACACCAUGAGGGUCCUCUUCCCUGGCAUAGAGGAGCACCCUGUUCUCAGGGACCUGGAGGUGCCGGGCUACAGACAGGAGCAGGUGGAGAAGGGCCUGAAGCUGUUCGGCCAGCUCAUCAACAACAAGGUCUUCCUGCUCUCAUUCAUCCGCACGCUCGAGUCGCAGCGUGGCUUCUCCAUGCGUGACCGCGGCAACGUGGCCUCGCUCAUCAUGACAAUGCUGCAGAGUAAACUGGAGUACGCCACCGAUGUCCUCAAGCACCUGCUCUCUGACCUCAUCGACCGCAACCUGGAGAGCAAGAACCACCCCAAGCUGCUGCUCCGAAGGUGAGGGGAGAGGGGAGAAGUGUGUGUGUGUGUGUGUGUGACUCUCGUGGGCCAUCUCUGGCCUCAUUAAGACAAAGGCCUUGGCUCUGUCCUCACCUCUCUGUGUCUGGGGAGAGGGGUGAGUGACUUCACUUCUCCAGAACACCUGCACAAACUCACACACACACUUCUCUGUCUCUCUUCA